AACCAGAGCACCAUCCCACCUCAGUGCAACAAAGUGACCCCCUGACAUCAAAAAACCUUCCCGGUGAAGCGGCUGUCAGAGCAUAGCACUCCCGCCCAUGCAAACACAUCCUACAAGCUCCCUCAGGCCCAACAUGGCCAGCAUUCACUCGCCCAGCUGCCCCAGGCAGCCUCUGAAAGUGUUAUUGCAAAGAGAUUUCCUCACCAUGCCUCGCACCGUCUUUCCUCGUGACGUCAUCCAACUCUCGCUUAAGCAUCGUGUACAGAAACAGCCAGUCCCAAGAUGGCCGACUCUACCCAAAGCGCGUCUCCCCAACCUCCCUCCUCCGAUAACGCCUCUGACAAAGCGACUGCGGGCUCAAGCGUCAGCUCAGACGAUAACAUUAGUUUCAAGACCGCACGCUCGGUUAUCCAGGAGGACGCCGCGGAGACUGCCUCGGAGCCGGGCCUGGUCGCUCAGGUUGAGCAGCUGCGCGUCGACACUCCCAUCCCCGAAAUCAGCCACUGGAGCAGUGACAGUUCCUCGGAAGAGGGGAAUGCACCUGUCCCAAUGGCGCGCACCCGUCGUCCUGUGCCUCGCGUGACGGCGCCCGAGCCUGAGCCCGAGAGAGAGUUUCCUAUCGCUGUCACCUCGUUCAUCGGAAACCCGCGCCCCCGUCCUGACCACCAGACCCAGUUGAGCUGUGUUGUGUUCAGCGCCCCCUGGCUGGAGAGCUUUCUUCCCGAGAACUGCCGCACCACUAAUCAGAAGUCUCUCAAAUGCAAGGCCAUCCUGCGCUUCAACGAGGAAUGCCUCGUCCAACUGGCUCAGUUCUUCUGUGCCGGUUGCACCGACCCAACUCCCGCCGAGGGCUUUGUUCAUCGCCCGAUCAUGUUUACCCGUACUGGUAUGGACGGGCUCGAAGACGGACCUCGCCGCACCCUGAUGAUGCGUUUCGGACAGCUGACCCGUAGUCGCUGGAACUUCCCCGAGAUGAACGCAACCCUGGGAGGUAAAGCCGAAGGUCAGAUUUUCGAAGUUGCCAUCCCCACCUGUGGCAGGGAUGAAUGCAACCUCACUGCACGCACCAUGGCCAACGAGCUGAUCAACUCUUUGCUGCCCUGCAUCCCGCGCUUACGUCUUGCUACCCUGGACCUGGGAAUCUUCAUCCCUACCACUCGAGUGGGAGAGCAUGAGGAGGACGCCGGCUGGGAGCCCAGCGGUGCCGAGGUGCUGGUCUGCAAGCUUGCACCUGACUGCCUCUCACUCCCCGUCCAGCAGGUUAUCCCCGACGAUGAAGACGAGGGGGAGGCCGCAGCCAGCGGGGCAACUGAGACCGCCGAGGACGACGCCGAGGCCGACGACGAGGAGUCUGAGGGCGCUGACGAGGAUGCCGAGGCUGAUGCCGAGGCGGAUAUCGAGUCUUAA